AUGGCAUCACGGAAGAAGGUCCUGUUGAAGGUAGUGAUUCUGGGUGAUAGUGGUGUUGGAAAGACCAGUUUGAUGAAUCAAUAUGUCAACAAGAAGUUCAGCGCAAGCUACAAGGCAACAAUUGGGGCCGAUUUCCUUACCAAGGAGGUUCUGGUUGAAGACAGACUAGUCACGAUGCAGAUUUGGGAUACUGCCGGUCAAGAACGCUUUCAGUCGCUCGGUGUCGCGUUCUAUCGGGGAGCUGAUUGCUGUGUUCUGGUGUACGACGUGAAUAAUGCAAAGAGCUUCGAGGCCCUCGAUAGUUGGCGGGAUGAGUUCCUCAUUCAAGCGAGCCCCAGAGAUCCCGAGAGCUUCCCUUUUGUCGUAAUCGGUAACAAAAUUGAUGUCGAGGAAAACAAGCGGAUGAUCUCUUCGAAACGUGCCAUGACUUUCUGUUCGUCAAAGGGCAAUAUCCCCUACUUUGAAACGAGCGCCAAAGAAGCCGUCAACGUCGAACAAGCCUUUGAAGUCAUCGCGAAGAGUGCCCUUAUCGAGGAGGAGACAGAAGACUACAACGGUGACUUCAACGACCCAGGAAUCAACAUCCAUCUCGACAGCGAACGCGAUUCGUGCAAUUGUUGA